AUGAAAGGAAAUGAUUUAAUUACACCAAUCGCUGAACACAAUUUUCCAGGUUUAAAAGAUGGCGAUUGUUGGUGUUUAUGUGCUUUAAGAUGGUUGGAAGCUUUUGAGGCUGGAGUUGCCCCUUAUGUAAAUUUAAAUGCCACACAUUUAAAAGCCUUAGAAUUUAUUAAAUUAGAAGAUCUUUUAAAAUAUGAUUUAAACAAAGUUGACAAUUGGAAAUAAACAAUUUCAUUUAAGGCUGAUAAAUGA